AUGAAGGUCAUUGCAGUUUCAAAGUCAUCAAACAUUGUGUUAAUGGUUCUUGAUGCUUCAAAAAAUGAAGGGCAUCGACAGAUAUUGUGUUGGCUUGCGGUUAAACAAGAAACCACCCCAAGCUACUGCAUUGACAUCAAAGGUCUUUCAAAGAAGUCAAAGUUGACUUUCCAGAAAGUAGUCAAAAUACAGGGUUGCACUUUCUACCACUAUUGCUUCCAAAAGUCAACUUUUUGUAGCAGAUUAAGAUCAACAUUGUGA